GCUUUGGGUAUAGUAGAAGGUGCUCCACAGCGAAAGAAAUACAGGCAGGCGCAGACACCUUCGCGCACUGAGCAGAGGUUUGCGGCACAGUUUGUGUGGCAGCCGGGACGCGAUCUUUUAAAAUCAUGCUGGAUUGACUGCAGAGAGGCAACUACAAUCAAUGGCUUGGCUUUGAAAUCGUUCAAAAUUUAUUGGAAAGGAGUGUGAGAUAGAGCGACAGUGAGAGGGGGAGAGAGGGGGAGAGAAGCGAGGGAGAGAGCGAGAGAGUGGCGAGAAGGGGUGGAAAUAAAGAUCCUUUCAACGAUGGAGCUUACAAUGGAAAACAUUGGAAAUCUGCACGGCGUAUCUCAUUCCCAUCAAACGAGCGACUUAAUGAACUCCCCGCACGCGCGCCAGUCGUCGGCGUCGCAUCGGAACUUGGUGUCGCACGGACGGUCAGCCAUGGUGUCCAGCAUGGCCUCGAUACUGGAGGGAGCAGGGGACUACCGCACAGACCACGCUUUGUCUGGCCCCUUGCAUCCGGCCAUGACCAUGUCCUGCGACUCCGGGAUGAGCCUGAGCAGCACCUACACCACGCUGACGCCGCUGCAGCACUUGCCCCCCAUAUCCACCGUUUCGGAGAAAUUUCACCACCCACACCCACAUGCUCACCAUCAUCCGGCGCACCAGCGACUAGCAGCCGGGAACGUUAGCGGCAGCUUCACCCUGAUGAGGGACGACCGCAGCCUCGCCUCCAUGGGUAACCUCUACGGCCACUACCCCAAAGACAUGUCCGGCAUGGGGCAGCCUCUGUCCCCUCUGUCCAACGGGCUCGGGUCUUUGCACAGCUCCCAGCAGACUCUCAGCGCCUACGGUCCAGGAGCUCACCUUUCCAACGACAAGAUGCUCUCCUCGGGGGGUUUUGAGCCCCACGCAGCCAUGCUGUCCCGGGGCGAAGAGCACCUGGCGCGAGGUCUUGGGGGGCACGGGGCCGGCCUCAUGUCAUCCUUGAACGGCAUACACCAUCACAGCCAUCCGCACUCUCAGGCAAACGGGUCCAUGCUGUCAGACCGGGACAGGCAGACGGUGGUGGGAGGCGGGCAGGGAGCUGGGUCAGGGCAGGUGGAGGAAAUAAACACCAAAGAGGUGGCACAGCGAAUAACAGCUGAGCUCAAGCGCUACAGCAUCCCACAGGCCAUCUUUGCUCAGAGGAUCUUGUGCCGGUCCCAGGGAACUUUGUCAGACCUGCUGCGGAAUCCUAAACCGUGGAGUAAACUCAAAUCAGGCCGGGAGACGUUCAGGAGGAUGUGGAAGUGGCUCCAGGAGCCCGAGUUCCAGCGGAUGUCAGCGCUCAGGCUUGCAGCCUGCAAGCGCAAAGAACAGGAGCAACACAAGGACCGCAACACGGCGCCCAAGAAACAGCGCCUGGUCUUCACUGACCUGCAACGCCGCACACUCAUCGCCAUCUUCAAGGAGAACAAGCGUCCAUCCAAGGAAAUGCAGAUCACCAUCUCCCAGCAGCUCGGCCUGGAGCUCAGCACUGUCAGCAACUUCUUCAUGAACGCGCGCCGCCGCUGCGUGGACCGCUGGCACGACGACCACGGUACCAGCCCCGGGCAGCCAGGCACAUCCGCCACCACCUUCUCCAAAGCCUGAGAGGAGGAGAGGGCCUUCAGAGGGCCCAGGGGGAGCCAGGUUAGAACAACAGGCAUGGAAAAUUGGCUGUGAAACAUGUCUGUACCAGUCCUUACCUGGUCCACCCGGAAACCAUCUGAAUGUGUCCUCUGCGUGAAAAUCCUUUGUGCCAUGCAAUCAUCUUUUUUUGUCAGUCAAAAAAAUAUAUAUAUGUCCAAAGCUCUGUCACCUGAAACAAGCAGAAUCUAAAAGGUGAAUCUAGUGAAGUCAGGUCCACUCUGCAUUACUCACAUAAGGACAAUCAUUGAUUCUGUCUUUUUUUUUUUCUUAAAUGAAAAUAAUUUUUAUGGCAUUUUUGUUCCUGAUAAAAGUAAAGACACCAAAGAUUUGAUGUUUUUAUUGGACGGUAUCAGAAUUAUGCCGGCCUCUUUUCACCACCUACGUAGCCCAGUGAUUCUGCGUUUUUCUCCCAACUCACCUCUUUGUGUCUGCCUCUUUCACAACCACUCUUACUUCUUACUACGCCGGCACACGGAAGCAACAAGGGCAAAAGAACGGCAAUAAAUCUGACAGAACAGCACAUAGCCUUAUUAUCCCAGCCCCAUCCUGCACACACAAGGCCGUCAUAAAGAAAACAACGCAGCCUAUGAAAAAAACAACAAGGCUUUCCGACUCUCCGCCUCUACCUCCCCCCCACCCCCUCCUCCUCCUGUAGUCUCCUUCAUUCCUCGGCCAAAGGUAUUCCCUGAUGGCCAGCCAUUUCAGAGAGCAGCUCAGCCUGAUCAUACAGCAAACUAAUGAAUUGAAAAAUGAAUCGAUGCAGACAGAGAGAGCGGGGCCUUGACCCCUCCUGAAGGUGAAACUCAAGACGCUCAGCAGUACAUACUCAGGUCUUCCUGGCCCAGGUCUAUAUUUUUGCACAGAUGUUGGAGGCCUGUAGGGAGACAUGUCAUUGUUACUCUUAGCCUGAGCCUAGAGUCUGUGUUUCUGUGACCAACAGGAGAGGCGGCUGAGAUGUCUGGACAUGCUCUUUGUUCUGCUGGGAGCUUUUCCUCUGAUCAAUAACUGAGAACCAAGCGACAACAACACGCUCGGGCAUCCAGCCAACUACAUUACAGCUGCAUACGAAAAGCAAAAUGUAAGAGGAGCACAUGGAACCCAGUGGAGAUGGGGACACAAAGGCCUCAGUACAGAAACAGCAGCAGCAGCACACCUCUCCCUCCCAGGUCCAGGUCCAGGUCCAGCCAGUGCUGGCAGAGCAACAGUGCCCCCUGCUGCCUAUAGCAGAGACUUGUAUCCAGCAGAGCAGAGGGGGUUCAGAGUGGGAAAAAAAAAAAAAAGAGGGAGGGAAGAGCCACUAGAUGCUGAGGAGAAGUCAUGGCACAACACAUUCAGGCCCUCACAGCGCUUUGAAGGCAGAUCAAUAGCUAACCAUUAUCCUAUUGUUGUUCCUCAUCCAACCAGCACUGGUGAAGCCGGAGGAGGGGGAUGGUUAAACUGAAAGCUGAAAACGCAGGGAUUUAGAAAGGCAGGGAUUUAUUUAGCCAACCAAAAUCUACAAUGAUUCACCAAAUACAAACACAGAAAUGACACAGUAACACAAAGAGGGAAAACAAAAAGUACAGCAGAGUAAAAUGGAACAGGAGGGCAUACCGAGACAGACACAUCUGAGGUGCAGUUGAAGGUAUAUUCUUUUUUGAGGGUUUUGUAUUUUCUUUAAUUCUAAGUUUUAUAAAGACAUAACCUGGAACCGUCAUUUUUUUCCCAUUUCAUGCAUCCCAUCUGUUUGCAUAUAAAAGCUCUCAACAGAUGAGAUUAAAACCAAACCUCCUGGUUGUUCCCACACAAGGGUUAUCAGUAGCUAACCCAAAGCUAACCACCACACUCAGCCGUCAAAACGCUACAAUAAUUAGUGCCAAUGCUUACUGCCUUAAUGCUAAUCAGAGAAUAUGGUACUAGGUCCACACACAGCUACAGUGCGCCCCACUGAUGACGGGCGGUGUGUGCCAUAGAAACCAACAAUCAGCUUUUAACUGAAUUAAAAUAUACUUUUUUAGUAAAAAAAAUGAAAAAAGAAUCCAAUUUUAAGGCAUACAAUAACCAAACCUCAAAUGACAAAGAUACCACAUGUAUGUGUUAUAAAUACAAAAAUGUCUCCAACACAUAACUGGACACAUUUUGAAGAAGAAAAUGUUUCAUUCUAUCUUUGGUUCUCUACCUCCUCUGUCCCUCUAAACCCAUUGCCCCCCCUCUCUUUCUCUCUUCCUCUAUACUGAUGCGGGUAUUUAAUUAGUACCAUAGACACAAAGUUUCUAUUUCUUGUUACUAUUGUGCUCUGUUGUGCAUAAGUAAGGCACCUUGUUGAUAAAUCAAAAACAAAAAAGGAAGGACUUUUUAAAAGAAAAAAAAGAGGGAUGCAAGGACCGAGGCCAAUGAAGGACGUGUUUUUCUUUUGGUUUGUUUGUUUCUUUUUUUUGCAUUCUAUGUCAAUAUAGACUUGGUGGAGACAUUUACCAUGGGAAAGAAAAAAAAAGAAAAAAACAGGGAGCUGCUGAAGAGAAGAAUAAAUGACGGACAAUUUCUCUCUUUUGGCAUUUCAUGUCAGAACUGUGGUACUCUCAGCCCCCUUUAAGCUGAGCCCCAUGAAUGGGGUAAAACGGAGGGGGAUAAAACAUGACCUCCAAAUGUCCUGGCUGAUUCAGUGUGUUUUACUGGAGGGUUGGGGGGGUAAUGCUCGGGACUCAAUAGUUAUCUGUAUGGUCUUAAGAUGCAACUGUAGCAUUUUCAACAAUGUAGUCAGAUUAGCGGUGCAGAUUAGAUAAGGUGGUCAUUGUAGAAGAGUUAUUGGGAGGUAGUGACUAACUUCACGUUGCUAUAAGCAGUGAGUUAAAGUCGCCCAAGGAUGAUGAGCUAAAAUUGAUUUGUGGUAUACAGUUCAGUGAGCAUAGGUACGUGAAUAGCUAGAUUCAGCUCUAGGUAUUAGGCUGACAAAAUGACAUUUGUUUGUAGUGAGAACCAAUGUGGCUACCUCACUAAGCUGAGUGGUUUGUGAAACCGCCACUAAUACCAAAGAUACUGCAGCCUACCGGUCCCAAACUGCCUAGGGGGACACAAGCCAAAAAAAAAAGGAACCCCCCCCUCUUUGCCCAAUACAGACACACUGACACUAUAACACACUCACACACACACACAUGUAUUUGUACUAACAGCGCAGUCAGACUGCAUCGUGCCACAUAGGAGGAGGUGGCGGCCUUGCAGACAGAGUUGAGUGCCUUUUCCCUUCAACCACGGGUGGGACUGCACUGGACACACAAACACACACACAAACAAACACACACACACAUAAAAAUACACACCUAUGCGGGGGCAUGCAUAUAGCUGCACACCCUUUUACAAACAUGCACUCAGAUACAGACAAUGCACCCAUAAUUGGAUGGACAGAAAGGGGGGCCUAAGAGAGGGACACAGAGUGGGGGCUGUGUCAGCGUUUUCUCCCAUAUUGACUUUCCAUCUUGAUACACUAGAAUACAAGCACUUUAUCAUGUAGAAAGUCUAUAAAACAUUUUCUAUACACUAUUUAUUUGAAACAAAAUUAUAUGUUACUCCUUAAUCUGUCAGAGUCUUUGUUGCUGUAUUGUUGAUCUUCUAGUAGUUCACAGCCUUUGUGUUAUUCUUUUUUCUUUUUCUUUUUUUUUUUCACUCUCUCUCUGCCUGCUGUGCUUACACCCUCGGCCGCUUUACCCCUCUCGCAUCAGAGAUAUUUUUGUGUAACAGAGAAAGAGGGGGGUAAAAAGGCAAGAGGCUCCGAGCACUCAGAGGGCUGUAGUUGUAAAAUCUUACCACUAAAUGUCUCUCUCUUUCUCUCUUUUUCUCUCUCCACUUUGUGCAAGCACAGAGGCUGCACUAGAAAGGUGUGGAAGACUCACUGACAGUUUAGACACAAAUUUUACUCCUCCCUCCACCUUUGUCUGUCCAGUCGACCUCUCCCCCUGGCUAGUGCUAAGACUCGGUAGGCGUGUGUUGACAAUUAAUUCUGAAAUACCUCAAAACCUUUCAUGUAAACUUUAUGUAAUUUAAACUGAAAAUAAUACUGCUAAUGAUAACAAUGAUUAUGAAACUAUGAUACUAUGAUAGUUAGUUUUGGAACUUGUGACUUGAAGCUUUAUACUGUUAAAUUCCUUUUAUUUGUUUGCUCAUUUUUCUUGUACGUUCUGUUUGUUUUGCUACGGCAUGUACUUACUGUUUUCAUAAAGGAAAAAGACAUUGUGAAUGUUUCUGUGGAGGGUUAAAUGAGAAAAGAAACGACAGAAGGCUAGAAUAGAAAGAGAAGCGAAAGAGCUGCUCGCUUCAGAGGCGGGUGCAUUCAGUUACCAAAAAAAUAAUAAUAAUAAUAAAAAAAACUUAAAAAAAAAAAAAAAAGGAAAGAAAUGACAAAAAUAUGAUUUUGGCUGAAUUUUAAACCAAAAAUCUGAUGAUAAACCAAAGGAGGAAUAAUCUUUUGUUCAUUGUUAGCUUUCUUCUGCCUUUAAGUUGUCUUUUCUCUUAAAAAAAAGAAACAAUUACACAGUUACUUUUGAAGGUUCCUGGGUGUGUUCAAGUGCUCCUGAUGUUCUUAGAAUAGCACCUCCUAUUGAAAAGAAGGUGCGCUUUUUUCUUUUGUGCAUGGAUAUUGUAUAACUGUAUAGAAACCAACAGGAAUGACCUGUGAUUUUGUGGGGAGAAGAGGAGGAAGGAAAGACUUGGGAGUGGGUGGAUGAGGGGUGGGGGAUAUUUUGGUUAUCAAAAAAAAAGGGUGGGAGGAUUUGGGUUUUAGGCGUUGGAGGGGUCCUUGUUUUUAGAAAUUUCCGUCACUGUUGGAUUCACUGGUUGUGUGCAUGUGUUGUUGCAACCCUUCCCCUUUCCCCAUGUUUCUUUGAUGUAUAUAAAUCCAGACAGUAGGGGGCAGUGUGUGCUGGGGGAGGUCAAACUCCUCUCCUCCCAAUCAAUAGCAUUCAAUCUUCAUUCCUCAGCUUGUGGUCCACACUCGGGUCCUGAAAUGUGUGUCUUGCUUUUCCAAAGACAGGCUGUUUACUUGGAGUUAAUCAGAGGGACACACACAGGUCCGAGCGGCCUUGAUAUUCCUGUAUGUCUGUCCACAUGGUUUUCUUCAAUUUGUGUAUGUGCGUCCAUUUGUACCAAUGUGGAAACAGUUUUUUUUUUUUUUUUAUUAUUAUUAUUUAUGUUCCUUUACCAUGGGUUGCAAUAUUUGUCAUGCAAAAUUUGAAACCAUUUCUUACUGACUGAUCAACCAAACAAACUGCAGUACCAUUUGGCGCCAGGUCAUCCGACUUGAAAUGUGGUCAGCAUUUACUGUCAAACAGCAUAUGUGUGUGUCAUUUUCCUGUGGGAUAGAAGGUUGCCAAUGGGGCUGAUGUAGACACCCCCAGUCACACUGUGCUCUCCCUCUUCUGUUACCUGUUAAUCAAUCAGAACCAAGUGUCUUUGUGAUGGUAGAAGACAAUCAGUUUCAAAACAAGAAAAAAGGUAGAGAGAGGGCAGGCCAGUGGGGAGGAAGAAGGGGAGAAAGGAGGAACAAAACAAGGGAAAAGAGGCUGUCUGAACCGACACGUGCUGUAGUGCCCGACCACAAAGAAAACAACUGUUCCACCACCUCAUAUUCAUCAAUACAUUCAUCCUUUUAUCCUGCCACAACAAAAUCUGACUUCCGCUGCAAUGAUCAAGUGCAAAAUGAUCUGGUCACACAACAACCCAGAACAAAAAUCAUUAGACAUUUAAGGUUCACCCUCUCCUCAUUCCCUGUCCAUUUUCACCAUCCUGCACUCCCACUGCCACAGUGUAGUGCACUGCAGAAGUACAAAAAAGCGGUGGUGCAAGCACCAUGUUUCCCAUCAUCCACAAUUUCCUGCUAAUCUAAUGAUGAUGUAACCAGCCGCGAGGAAUAAAAAUGGCUCCGGUUGGUGGCUUUUGCACAGAGAACUAUGCAAACACCUGACCCCCCAAUCUUAAUCGUUGCUGCUGGGUCAGAGUGUACAACCCUCACCCACCUCCUUCCCCUCAUCAUUUAUACCAACCUACUCACACUUUGACCUCCAUGACCAACCCCCACCCCCCCGUUCCCUAAGACCAGAGUGGGCGGAGCAACCCCAGUCACUCAGGAUAUAACAGAGCGUGGCUGGGGAACCAAGAGCACUACAGCGCCCCAGGUUUCGUCACACUACACCGCUGAUGUCGUACAGCUUUACAUGAAGGCCCCAAACUGCCACUGACAUCAAAAUGGAGUCCAUGUUGAUGUUUGCAAAGUGACCCCCCCACCCCCUUACUCAUGGCUCCAUUGUUUUACAAUGUUUGACUGUCUUUGUCCCCAGCGCCAAGGAAGGGCCACAAUCAAUACAAAGACACUUACAUUGUACACUAAGUUUACAAAGUCGUCUGGAGAUGGUGGCUUAUAUUGCACUUGGACAGACAGACAGACACGCAUACAGACACAGGCACACGCUGGUGAGGGUGAGUCUGCCUUUUGAGAGUGUUUGCUGAAACCAAAGAUGAAAUCAGAGGUAUGACAAUCUGGCUACCAAACCUAGAAGACAAUGUUCAGCUCUCUGGGCUGCUCUACGGGUCCUGUGAUUUUUCCGGCCAUGUGGACAUUCCACCUAUUGCACUUAGAAAACACAUACAUGUGCUGUACAUAUUCUGGUGUGAACUCACACAUACAUAUACACACUUCACCCUACACGGACACACAGAACCGAGGGAAAAAACCCACUCACGGCGUCGGGUCAGAAAGCCUCUUUUCCCUCCUCCCACUGCAGAAGCCGGAGAGCCUGUGGAGGACUUUUAGUUUCACUCUAGUUGAGACUUUUGAGAAGGAAAAAAAUCUGAGUAAUAACUGUUACAGAAAAAUAAAAACUUAAAAGGAUAAUAUGGGUAAAUUGCGUGUUUUGAAAUAAAUUAACAAAUAAAACAACUGUAAAACAAA